AUGAUCAAGAUCACAAGAGUAGAUCAGGUUCCAGGACCCACAGAAAACAUCGGACUUCCUAAGAAACUGCUUGAUAAAAAUGACCCUUGGCCAGCUUAUGUCACCUAUAUCUCCCCAGUGGUAAAAAGACUCAUUGAGAAAAGCAAAACUAGAGAAUUGGAAUACAGGCAGACUUUCCRGGAAAGUCAACGGGCAUCACAGCUGAACAAGCCUUCCAGCAGCCUCCAGAUGGGAGGGAGAAUAAAGUCCUUCAAGUCCUCUGAAGAAGCUGUGUUCAAGGAUAUGCUAUCAGAGACUGUGUUAUCAAUGUUGGCAACUUACUCUUUUUUGGAUGCUACUGUUGCCCCAGAACCCACGUAUUUACAAAAGGAUUCCAGAGAAUGUCCCACCGCAAACUAUAACAAGAUCAUUUUCCCCCGCAAACCUAUGAUGAGGAUGCUUCCAUACAGCUCACUACCGGCCAGCAAGGAGAAAUAG